UCCUCAAAUCAAGGAAGCCACCGCCGUCAGCAAGGCGAAACGGAUGUAGCAAUAGUCGUGACAACACUUUCUUCUUACAUUGUACUGAACAGUUUUAUUUCACCACAUCAGCGAAUACACGCUUACAUUCAUUCUUUCUCAAGAAUUUUCUUUGAUUUUCUCAUCAAACAGGUAGCCGGACAUUCUCUAUCAGAUUUGGUCGGCAUCGAUUUAAUUACCACUUACUACCUGUCUCACAUCUACAAUGAGAAACACAAAUACACAAGCUGUUGCAUACACACACACACUCCAUCUGCAUGAACAAUACAUACACGUUUAUUAAAACAAAUUGCGGGGAAAAUAAUUAACCACUUGAAGACAAAUCAAAUUUGGAGUAAACAUUCACUUGGAACAUAACAAUGAUAUGUCUUCCAGUUUUUUUUUUUUAACCAUUCAUGCUAAAAUGUUAUAAAAGACAAUAGCAACAUAGAAUAUACGUUACUAUUGUUAAUAAUUUUAUUUUAAUUGAAACAUCACCAUAAUCCAAGUUGAAAAUAAGCUCAACGAUUAAUGCGACGAUUAUGUACAGAAAGUUACUGGAUUACAUACAAACUACAUCUAGCAAGAGUGACAUUUCUAUUCAAACUGCAUCAAAUCAUUUAUAGCUGUUCAGACAUUUUUUUUUAUGACAGACACUCAUAGAACAAGUUUUCGGUGAAUCUAAAUCUGCGACCCGGGUUCGAUUCCCAACUUGGAGCUGUUUCACAUAAAUCGCUAAUAUAAUUUCAAAAGUUAAGAAUGCCACAACUUCCCAUUAACCCUUCUCUACAAAUCUCCGGUUUCAUAAUUGAGUAUCGUGUACGUUUCAUUCAUGUCUUUUGAAGAAAUCAUUGAACAGUUACCGCUGAAAAACGCAGGAACGCCACAACUUAGAAUAGCAUGCUGUAUUAGGAAACCAGUAUUAUAAUUAUCGCAGUUAACCUAAUUCCAUAUAAGAUGCUAAUGUUGAUACCAACUUUACACACAAAGCCAAGGGAGUUAUUUAAAAAAAAAAUCAUAGAUCAUAAUUUAGAUUAAUUUGCAUUUAUUUACUUUUACCAUUCUCUUUCUUUCGCACUUCUUCCCAUUUCUUCUCUAUUUACUUCAAUUCUUUUUUCUUUCUUUCUUUUUUUAUAUCUUUUUAUCUCUCAAACUCGUAUUUCUUAUUCCUCUAUAAUUUUUUUUUUAUCUCACCAUGUCUAGCAGCCCUUUUACUUCUCCCGAAUUAUUUCUGUACCAAUUUUCCUUGUUUUCUUUCCCUUCCUAACCGACAUGUAUAACAAAAUUGAAACCGUUUCUCAAGACCUAUUAUCUUUAAAUCUCGCAUAUUUUACAACUUAAUGUACAACACAAUGUACUUUCUGCUACUCUCACUUCACUGAAUCUUCACUGUUAAUUUCUCUCAUUUAUGAUCUGGAGAUAAAAUUCACCUACCAUGGUAUUAAUUCUUCAUAUGCAGAAUAAUGUUAAAACAAAUAUAUAAAGACAUCGCUUCUUAGAAGGUCAGAAGCUGAUAACAAUUACACAAUGGACCGAUAUAAAGAUUAUCAUUAUCGAUUCAGGCCUUAGUCGGAAUACAUCCUUAAUUGCUAAGUCUUUUAUCAGAUCUGGUGGGGUUUUACUCGCUUGAUAUUUUUUCAAGACAUGUCUUCUGUCGCAGUUUUAUCACCAAACCGUUGCCAUGAAGGCAGUCGAUGUUACAAUAUAAAAGAAAUCUAUCGAACUUGUUUCAUAGUUUUCUUGUAUUUUGUUGCGUGUUCUUCAACCAGAACACGGAUUCCACAUUCUCUUAAUGACCAUUGGAGAGGUGCAAAUACAGAAGGAAGAAUCAUGAAAGCUGAAGAUAGUGUAAUAAAUAAAAUGAAGAGCCAGUCUUCACAGAAAACAACCGAUUAUCUGUCUGCGGAACAUAUGUUUACUUCCUCACCAAAAGAAAUGUCAGAGUCACCUUCUGAAAAAACAAGACAACCUCUCUUAAGAAACGUUGACACAGCGAAGCAAGAUAAAGUUCAUACUACGACUAUUGAAACAAAGGAAAUUCAACACAACGUUUCAGAUGUUAACGAAAGAAGCAGUUUGAAAAAUAACAGUGUCGUUGAUGGACUAGAAAUAAACAGCGGUGAAAGCAACUCGCAGUUAGGUUCCUUGAUAGAGGAGAAAGAGCUUGACUACAAUUCAACUGAUAAAAGUAAUAUUUCUAAUAUCGAUGGAAACAAACUGAUACAUUUAUCGUCCAUAGAUGUUAAUAAGCAAGUGGGACAUUCAUCAAGCAGGAACGUCAAAACAUCAAAGAAGAUACAAAAAAGAAACAAUAAACGAUCCAAGUUAAAUGAAACAGGUCAAAACCGACAAACUGACGCCAUUAAUAUACGGAAGACCACUGAUAUGGGAUUGGCUGAUAAUUAUUUAAGCUCUGCGGAAACUCCUGACUCAUUGCAAAAUGUAGAGGAAGAGAACGGAGCUGUACAGAAAUCUACUGACCCGAGUACACACCGAACAUAUAACACGUUGAACAGUAAAAAACAUAAUUUUCAAGGAAAGAUCAAAAGUAAAAAGACUGAAAAACUAACGAAUAAAAAACGAAAAAAGAAAAAGAAAAUUAUUAAGAAGAAUAGAAUCCGAAACAAAAGCUUAAACGUAACGAGUAAAAAAGAAAAAAAAAAAUUUUAUGACAUUUCUACGUCAACUGAGGUCCACCGAGUAAGUUUUGCAACAAACAAACACGGAAAAAAGGAUGAAUAUCGUGAGAGUUCAAAUAAGAAUGAAACUGAUCGAUUUACGAACUGGAAUCGACUGCCUGAGAGAGUCGAUCAAAAACACCGUUUUAAGUUAAGGAACAAGUCAAAAGAAAAUUUUCAACAAGAUGCAACAUUUUUGCCAAAAUUUUUCUUUCAUGAUUCGAGAAAUCUAAUUUCAACAACGAAACAAAUAUCUGAAAACAAAAUUAAAGACCGAUUAUCUUCUGUUUCACCUUUCCGAUUAUUCAGAUAUAAAAACAGAAAGGGGAAGCAACAUUCACUAAAUGACCACAACCAUUUCCAGAAAAUUGUUAGAAAUGAAGGUUCGUUACCAGAUAAAACUGUGAAGCAAUCAUUUCCGGACCCUAAUCCGUCAACAGUUACAACAAUCAGAAAUGUUUUAAAACCUGGAAAAGGAAAAGAAUCAGCUCAGCAAAACAUAUCAGAUAAUUUUGAGGUUUCAAAACUAUUUCGCACAACACAAUCAGAAUCAACUUUGAGGAGAAUAAGCAAUCGAUAUGAUCGUCGAUUCAAGCAAAAUAAACAAUCAUAUGUAACUAUACUUCCUCUAACAAAAAUACCCAAGAACGUAAAAGAAUUGUCGGAAACAGAUGUGAAACAAAAAGAUUUGAAUGAAAAAGAAUCCAGAUACACGAAUAACGUAAAACAUAAAGAAGUCACUGAAUAUACCACUGAUCGAACGAAGUGGAUGUUAAGUGACGAAAAUCUCAAAUUAACUUCUUUACCAAGCAAAACAUCUGAUUUGAACGACCAUUUGCUGAACAGAGAUUCAAGCGCACCGAAUUUCAUUUCUACCGCAGACCCCCGGCACUUAAGUUUCGAGAACACCAUCAUUAAGCAAACAUUUAAAGGUUCAGUUACUGAUUUAGAUGCUAACUUAAAAAGAAAUUCAUCAAUUCAAUUUGAUGAUUCAGCUCCGUUAAAUUCAGAUUUUAUCGAUGAGGUACAGACCACCCAUGAGAAUUUUUUUCCUAAAUCUUCCACAGGCCAGGUCGUUAUUUCAGAAUUAUCAACUAAUCCUACAAUUUUAUCUUCAGGUAAAGGUUCUUCCCUUAGGUCACUUUAUGGAAACACGAAGGCCGAGAUGAAAAAAUCGAAAAUAACACGCAAACAGUUUACAACUCCUGAAACUGAACUAAUAUAUCAAACAGUGAAUCCCAAGUAUUUAUGGCAAAAUACAGCACAGUCGAAAAGUAAUCGCGAACAAAUAGCACCUCAAAACGACAUACAUUCUAAUGAUCCGAUAAAUCUUCUUUCCACACAGAUACCACAUGACAUGCUUACAAAACUCCCCGAAAAUGUUUCUCUUCUCCAAGGUUUGGUACCGCAAUCAUCAACACCAAAAUCUGAGAACUAUAAGUCAGAAGACAAUGUUGCUGCCUCAUCCGAGAGAAGUAAUGAAGAAAGUAAAUCUUCAGUUACAGUAAAUCAUAUUGACGAUUUUACUCAAACAUCAAUUUCAAAAGUGUCAGAUGGUAUUUCACUAAGGAAUGAAUAUAAAUAUAAUUCUUAUUCGAUAAAUCCAACACGUGGAUCAUACAAACAUCUUUCGACUUCGGCGACUCCAAAAGAACUAUUUCAUUUCCCUCUGGACUUUGAUAACUCAACUCACUCCAAAUCAAUUGUUGAUGAAAAACACCGGACGUCUCAAAUCUCCUCCACUACUACCAAAGAUCCCAAAACAAGUGAACAUACCAUCUUAACAACUAAAUACGAUACUUCGGUUUCUACCAGUGAGUUACCAACAUAUUCUCAGGAUGCCUCAGUGUCAACUAUAAUGACAAAUAGCCAAUACAAAGCGUCAUCUUCACACAUAGCUCCUACACAUCAACCUCUGUUCCAAACAACUAUGAUACCAACUUUAAGAAUCUCACCAAUUACUCGUGUUGUAUCAACGCAAAACUUAUCCACAAAAGCAGCUAAAAUAUUUCGGCAAACAUUCCCUAAACUUUAUUCCAAAAUUAUUGUUGAACAGACAUCAGCAACUACUGAUAAAAUGCCUACGUCAUACCAAAAAUCCAUCAAUAAUGGAAAUACUUCAAAUUAUAUUUCCUCCACGCUAUAUCUGCAACCCCUCUCCACACGACGCACACAACUUUCUUCUACACAGCAUCCCCCAUAUAUAACAAAAGAAAUUUCCAAACGUCGCACAACACCCCAAACUACAAACACCUCUUCACAACGCACUCCAUCCCUAGCAACAAAGUCUUCUACGCGAAACAGACCCCACCUACCUACAACACUUCCUAAGCAACACACAUCAUCCCUAACAAGAAAAAUGAUUCUCCCGCCAUCCACAAUAUCUACUCGGAACACAAAAUCUCACACCAUAAAACUAUCUUCUCGAACAAAGUUAAUAACAACAUCAAAGUUUUCUAAUCCACAUAUUUUAUCCCGCAGCUUUCCUAAACAAUUUAUAACGACGAUUGUAACAUCGAAAACGCAUAAACCGAAUGGAUCGAUACAAUCAGAAGCUAUUCAGAAAAACGCCCAGUACGAUUUUACGUCCAUGACACAAACAACGAAACAUAUAUCAAAAGACAAUCGUGUUCCAACAUCUAACACACCGUCAUCAAAUUCUGUGACUCCUUCCCCAGAGUCAGUUAGUACUCCGUUACAAGAGACAGACAGUACUUCGUCACAAACGUUAGCUAAAGGUCACCAAAAUCUUCUCGUUGUUUGUAAAGUAGAUACAGCUGUAAAUAUAAACAGCGACCAAUUUCAGAACAAUAUUAGAAAUGGUUUGGUUCAAAGCUAUAUCGAAGGCAAAGCUUUAGGGGAAGUAAACAAAUCUGGCAGCAUGAAAAAGAGACGGAAACGUUCACUGGAAGAAUCCACGGAUCAGGUCCACCGAAUCAAUGAAAUGACAUUAACCAAGUGUAUUGAUGGCUGUAAAACAGGGUCGGACAGUGUUAAAGCAGUGAUAAUUCGUCAAGAUCGUCGAGAUACUUUGGUCAGUAUAUAUUUCCAAAUGCAAGAAAAUGGAUCUGUAGUAGAAGCUGAGAAAGCGGCAGAGAUAUUUGCAAGACUUCAGCUUACAGAAAUAAGUGUACAUCUAAAAUAUGCGAUAUUUGAAAAGGUGACGGUAAUCAAGUCACUACUUCCACGCCAGGGUCAUCCACCGAAACCUUCGUCAACAAAAUGGAUGAUGGUCACUAUAGCUGCACCAUCGAUUCCGGUCCUGUGUGUUAUUUUCAUCUUGCUAAGUAGCUGGUAUCGCAACCACACACGACUUCGUCAAAAAGCAAUGGCGGAUAUAUCACGUGGAAGUGGGUAUACCGAGUCACUGGCUGAUGUCGGCCUGGAGAUCGAUAUGGAAAAAGGAGAAAUCGUAAGCCGUGCUGGUUCCACUUCUGUAUUGUGGUCUGAAGACUUUGUUGCUUCGGCAACCAAAGAAACUAAUUCUCACGCUGAUUAUUUCGGAGCGGAUUACGAAAGCUCGCGCAGUAAUUCAUGGAGUGCUUACGCUGAUCCAAAUAAUGUAUUCAAUAGCCUCCGCAACAAAAAACGGUCUCCAAUUCCCAAACGUUACCAACGUCAAGGAAAAUACGCCAAGAAACAUAGUUCAAGCAGCUUUAAUUUUGAAACUGGUCUAGAAGAUGAAUGGCUAGGCUGUCUUCUUUCUACUGAUUACUGCGAUGCUGGCAACUUCAAGGCAGAAUGGUUACAGCUUCAAUCUUUCCGAAGGUGUAGCCUGGGCGCGAAUGAACAUAACACAACAGCUCACCAAUUUACGAAUCCUUUAAACCGGUUCUGGGUAGAUACAAGUGGCCCUAUACUUCAACAAUGCAGUCCAACAUCUCCUGUGGCCGGCUGGCCAAAGAACAACAACGGCAAAACGAUACAUCCACGAGUAAAGCAUGCAGUGAAGCUUCCGGUCGGUCCCAAAUGCUGAGACUUUCUCUUCAUGCAAACAUCAUCUCUCAGUUCUUAGCUGAACUUGAGAACAUGUAACUUCCAAAGCAUUAAUGAUGCUCAACAGACAGACAAGUUGAGCAAACGGUUUCAUAUGAUCCAAAGACUUUUAUCUAAUGAGCACGGACACGGUUUCAUUCUAAAGAGCUACUAAUUAGCAACAAGUAUUUCAUCAUCCGCAAUACAUUCAAAGAUACACAAAUUAUUGGAGUACACUUAUUUCUAAUUACCUUCUGCUUUCAGAGAAGCAAAAGUAAACUCCAACAAAAAAAGAGAAACAAAAUAAGAGGGGAUUAUAAGACGAAGAAAAGACAAAAAGUGUGUGUGUGUGUGCAUGUGAGAAUGGGUAUGUGCGUGUGUGUGUGUGUGUAUGAAAGAGAGAGAGAGAAUAAAUGAAUGGUUACAAAGUAUUCAUUUCGUCAAACUCACUCAGAUUUUGUCUUCUUUCUGCCAUGUUAUUUCUGGGAAAUUGAAAACCAUUAGUAAAUGGUUAAAACUUUGGAGACGAACCUGAUCUUACCUGUUUUUGUGUGAUAAAAUGUAUAAAAAGUAUUGUAAGAGGAAAGAGUAAUGUAUGUGAUAUACAUUGUCCUUUUCACUUCCGCUUGUAGCACGCGAUCCAUGGCGUGUUCAAUUGAGUAUGUGCCUAUAUGUAUGUACAUCUAUACAUUUAUUGUUAUUUAUAAUGAAUUUCUAAUGGAUAAAAAGACUACCGUUGACAAACUCAUUUAUCGGCAUUCACAUCCUAACUGUAUUUACGGUUCAAAAGAAGGAUCAAGCAUCUAUCAUAUUUAAACUAUAUUGUAUCUAUAUAUUUUUUCAGAAGGAACGAAAUGUAUUUAUUUUUUACAUAUGCAAAACACCAAUUUUUAUCGGUAUAGGUUACAGAUGAUGGAAUCGAAGCAAUCUUUCACUGGUAUUUUUUAUUUUACAUAAUUCAGGAAGGAUGCAAAAUAUCUUCAACUCAGAACCUAAAGGAACAAACUGUUCCUAUUACUUGUCUCUAUUUUUACCAACACCUCAUCCGUAACAAAAUAUAUUACAUUAAUCCA